CAAGACCAUGUUUGCGUACUCGUGUUUUAAAAGCUGCAUGGAAGCAGAUAUAUUAAUGUUUGCGUACAUGAUUUCACUAACUCUCGCAUGUUAAUACUUUGGAAACAAUAACCAGUUACCUUGAAACAUAAAUUCAAAGAAAAAAAUAAAUGAAAAGAAUUUAUUUAACACAAAAACACAUCUCAAAAAUAUUUACAUCAGACACUUAUUUUCCUCCAAAUCGCUCACGCAAAAAUAUAUUGAGGAGUCGUACCUCCACGCUCAGGUUACCUAGUAUGUUUUCUAGACUGUCGUACCGGGCGUUGAGGCCCUCUUCCAUCAGGGCUAGUCUCUCGCCCAGCCCGGCACACCCACACACGCUCACUUGCCUGCAGUCACUCUCCGAAGGUGUGCCCCACCCACACUGCGACAGUGUGGUAGGAGUUCCAGCAGAACUUGGAGUUGGCGGCGGUGAUGUAGGUGGUGGUGUUGACACCGCUGAUGUUGGCGGCGGGCGGCGACUGGCAAUCUCCAUCAACGGUGUCAGUCUCCCAUCCAGGUGGGGUGUAGCCGACGGUGUUGUCUCCUCUGUAGGAGGAGGCUGCUGCCCGACAGCAAUCGGGGUGAGGGGUGGUGGCGGUGGUUCACACACCCCAGACCCCUCUGUAGUGGUCUGCCGACCGACAACAACAAUCGGGAUGAGGGGUGGUGGUGGUCCAAAAACCAGUCGAGCCGUCCGCGUCGACGAGAGCUCCCGCUCAGGAGUCUGCCCCCACGGAUCCUCCCGUGUCCAGCGGCGACCUUGACGUCGGCACUGCUCGAUGGCAGCCCAAUUGUGGAGAUAGGUCUCCUCGCUUAUGGUGCCGUAGUCUUCCUCCCCGUCACUAUAAAUGGUGAUUAUUUCACCCUCCUCCACACUCCCCCAGCUGUGCUCAAAAUCACUACUGUGAAAAGACAUAUCAGUAUCCUGCAGCAAACUGAAGCGUGCUUCCAGCCGUCUACGGUAUUUAUGUUAUCCCUUCCCCACCCUCCUUGACAGCCCUGUCCAAGCACGCGCUCCCCCGUGACGUACAGCCUCUGACGUACCUACCCCCUACACCCCUAACCUCCCCGACCCUAAUAGCCCGGACCUGUCACCACACGAUCCUAGCCUCCUAAGUACCACCCACAAGUGCUCCGACGCUAAAGAAAAAGUGUAUAACAGUACGGAAAUAAAUAAAACAAAGUUAUUUAUUUACAACUUUCAUUUAUCAAACAUAAAUUAUUUACAUCACAUUACAUUAAAAUAUCAGUAUUUUUUAUCCAACCGUUUUCAGAUUUAUCAAAUCCUAACCACUUUACAAACAGCCUGUCAUAUUUUCGUCUCAACACUUUCUCUACCAAAUAAUCAUUCGGGUACUUGGUAGGUUGAAUUUCUUCCUCGUAGAAUCCACCACGUAUCGCUGAACCUCGUAAAUCUUCCAAGUAGUAACAUCUCGGACGGUUAUUACGUAUUUUAACAACACUGAAUAUUUCUGUAGACCAGUUAGGUGUAUAUGCUUUUUCAAAAGUAUGUUUAUAUUUUGAAAUGCGUACAAAUUCUCCAAUUUGUGCUUUAGGUUUUUUUACCUCUAGUUUAUUUAUGUUAGAAUAAACAGUUUUAAGGAGUGAAUCAUCUUUUACAUCAGCCGGGGUCAUACCGAUUGUUCGAUGUUUUCUGUUGUUAUAGUCAUUUAAUAAUGCCGGUAACAUAUCAAUCCACUUAUAACUUCCUUUUGCUGUGAACUCCCUCCACAUGGCUUCCUUUAAAGUACGAUUGAAACGUUCUACAACCCCUGCUUUUAUCUCGGUGAAUGUGGAAUAAUGGUUUAUUGGAUGUUUUUUCAUAAGAGCCUGGAAUUUACUAUUAUAGAAUUCUUUUCCGUUAUCAGUCUGUAAGUUCUUAGGUGUUGAACUUAAUUUAAAAACAUGUUCCAUGGCUAACAUUGCAUCAUUCGAGUUUUUACUCUUAACAGGCUCUGCCCACGCCCGUUUAGAAUAGACGUCUAUAACAGUAAGCAGAUACUUGUACCCACCAUUCACUUUAGAAUAAGGAAUCAUUUCAACCAAAUCCGCUUGAAAUAAGUCUAAAAGCCCUAAUGUCAGAACACUUCGUCUAGGAAAAGUACGUCGCGCCGGCUUAUGUAAUUCUUUUGCGAUAGCUCGACGACUCAUUUCGAGAUGUAUCCGUCUUCCUGUAAUUCUUCAAGUAUGGAUAUUAUUUCGUUUUGAUGCGAAGUAUUCACUGCUUCUUUAGAAGCAAGCAGCAAAUGAAGCCGAUCUACAAGUUCAUUAGGAUUAUUCCAAAAUAUGUAUGACAGUCUUUUAUUAUCAAAUAAUUUACUAACUAAACCGGAUCCUGUUGAAACACCUACUUCAGGGAACAGUUUAGAUAUAAUUUCAUACUUUAUAUGAUGCUCAUCUUUUAACAAGUUAGUUUUCGAACAGUUGUUUUUGUAAUGAGCGCUUGUAGUUUUUAACACUAGCUUAUAUUGUUCUAAAUCUGUAUUUGUAUAUCGCUGAGGAUCUCUAAGAAACAGCAAAUUAUAGAGUCCAGGUGUCCCAACCGUGGUAAAUCCACCUACUUGUAUGACAUUACCAGGUAAAAAACGUACUUCCAAUUUACCCAUGUACCACUUUUUGCUACGUUUAAAAAUGCCAUAAAUAGGAUCUCCUUUGUGUGACGAGCAUGAAGACAAGUAAGUAGAAGCAAUAGUUUCUGGCUCAACUUCUGAGGAACGUAAUUUUUUAUGCUGUAGUAAAUAUGAAAUUGGUACAUCUUCUUCGUUUACAUGUAUGAUACGUCGCUUUCUACGGUAAGAUUUAGCAGGUUUCUUUUCUUUCGCUUCAGAAGAAACAUUUUCAGUUUUAACAAGUGUAGGAGAAACAUUUUCAUGUUUUAAAUUAUCUAGUCGUGAAGUAAUUGGUUUGAAUAUUCUUUCAUUAACAAUAUCACACCCUAACUUUUCCUUCUUCGCGAGUAAGUAUUUAUCACGAAUACAGUAAACUCCCGGUAUAUCGCGCCCCGAUUGAUCGCGGAAUCGGGUAUAUCGCGGGUCAAACCAUGUCCCCCAGUCAGAAAUGAAUAAUAAUGGAAUAAAUGGUUGAUAGCCGAUUAGGAUAAUUUUGCGUUGUAACUAACAAACUAAGCAUCGGGCAGAAAAAAGCCUAGGCGUAGAAAAUGUCCGCAGUGAAAUUCUAAACAAGAUAUCUCCGUACAUUAUUCCUCUAUCUUGUAGUGUUUUCAAAUUAUGGUCCAAUCCAGCCCAGUGAUAUUUUCUGAAAGACUAGUUCUUAAUGUCGCUUUAUCUCACAAAUGAAGCAUCGGACAGGGGACCUGAUAAAGCCCACCGUCCAGCGACAUUAUCCAGCGUGACUCGGCUGGGGAUUGAUGUUGGAUAGGCUUGGUUGUCGGCAAGCGCUGGGUAGGGAGAGGCGAGCCGAGAAUAUGGAGAGAGGUAGAGAUUAGAGCGGGCAGAAACAUGGAGUGGGGGAGGGAAUGUGUUCACGCAGCACACAGGCAGAGCAUGAGUCACUUGACUGAGCAGCGUCCCUGCGUACAAGGCAAAAUCAGGUAGUCCGGUGUUUAAAAUUCCACUCCAGAAUCAUAAUUGGUACAUCUGUAUAUAAAUGUUUUGUUACAACUUAAACCUACAGACGUUAUAUUAUUGGGUAAUUCAUUGUAUUAUACACGUUCAUCUUUUUACUUUGGUAUAAUGUUUUAACAUUAAAUGGUAAAGUAAAUCAGCUAGCGUAUUUUUAAUCUUUGCCCAGGAAUUCCCAGUGGUCCAAUACUUACGUGAACCAUACUGUACCACUUUUGCCGUGAGGUAGUAAACAAUUCCCGGAAAUGUUCAUGUGUAGCGGUCUCCCGACCUUUAACCAGAGGCUGGGGAAUAUAACACUUGCCGAUCCGAGAAACACACACUCAGCAACUCGACACAGUGUUUGGUGAAAUAAUUAAAGACAUAGUUUAACACGGUUUUUAAUACGGCGUCACUGAUUGCGCUAAAAUUAAAUUGGCGCAAUUUUUGUUUCCCACACGUGACCAUUUAUAAUUUACUGUAAGCAUGGAUAAUAAAGUUUAACGACUUGACACGAUAGACGAUUCUUUAUUUUUUAUUGUACGAAUGCUAGAAUAGUUUUUUUCCUGUAUCUGCGGCCUACUUCUGCAAAAGACAAGCUAUCUGUAAGUAAAUAUAGAAUUUUUAUUUUGUUAAUCAAACUCUGUACUUUGCGAUUCAUAUUCGGUUUGAAGUAUCACUACGGCCUUUCUUUUUAGAAGACUUCGACCACAGAAUCGUGUGUAACCGCACACACUGCACUUACUUUGUUACGGACACUGACAAAGCAGAUACUGUGGCUGACACCACGAGACUGGCAGCAGCUUGUGUGCCGCACGUGUGUAUGGCGGCGUGUGGCGCGCUCGUAGGCCGUGCGACAAACUGUGCGCGGCAUGCGGAAAAAUAAAAACAAUUCAACAUUUAAUAUUUAUCUUUAAAAUUUAUUAUUUUUAUUUUUUCACCCGCGUUUAGUGAAAACUGCGGAUGCAAAGUCCGCACAACGGCGGGCCGUCUAUACUGUGCGUGCUUGCCGACCUAUUAGAACACAGGCGGUGUUUUAUGCCUUUUGACCUUGGUCACAUCGAAACAUCGCGGUUAUGCAACAACGCGGGUAAAAGUUAUGUCCCCCGACAACCGCGUUAAAUAGGGAGUGUACUGUACUUUUGAUUAUGUCAUGCAGCUCUUUCGCUGUUUCAGACAUGUUAAUAAAAUGACGGUUAACUCCAUCAUCACGUAUUUAUAUACCUUUAUGAAACCGGCUUUCUCCCCUUUUGCGGUAAAGUUUUAGGAUCUUGUAAAGGUUUAAUAACUAUAUGUUCUUCUAAUCUAUCCAUACGAGCAUUCGUUUCGGUCAGGAACUGUUUAUGUAAAUUAGUAAAACUUUUUUCAACUACCAGUUUAAUUCCCUCACUUUGUUUUAGUAAAGAUUCGCGUAUGUGUUCACAAUGCCUAAAUAACUCAUCAUCAUGACUCAGAGCCAAAAUUUUCUCAUUCACAUCAUCCAACACAAUUGCUAGUUUGCUGUUAAGAAUUUCAUCAAACGCGUUUUUUAUGUUAGUAAAUAAACGCUCAAAAUUUUCAUUUUGUUUUUCACUUACAGAGUCCACAACUAGUUUCAGAGUUUGCAAUGUUUGUGAGUUUAUUUCCUGCACAUUCUGCUUUGUGCUAGCAUCUGUAGAAAGUGCAGGCUGUCCUAAAUUACGUAAAAUUUUACCAUUUACUGACAAGUUCCCAUCACACAUUUCUGUAAUAUUGAUUUUUCACGCGUAAGUUUCAAGGCACUAUGCCCAAACUUACUUAUGGAGUCAGUCAUCUCUAACGAUAUACUGAUCCAACUGCCUUCUGAAACGUCCAUUAUAUAGCGGAAAAUCUUUAAAAAUCGAGAUGAAACCGAACCUAUCGUUCCAACACACAGAACACAUUUGUUUAAACUCGUUAAAUGUCAUAUCGCUCGAAAUGUGAUCUUCGUACACAUGUUUAAGAUUGAGGUCAUCCAUUUUGAAUAAAAUAAUGACAUUUGCAUUAUCACGUACAAGAUGUUACGGUAUUCUCGAGUAUGUUUGACAUAAGUAUAUACAAUCCAUGUAUGAGUGUCGACCCAUCGAAAAAUAUCUUUGAAUAUUACCCUGUUUUUCGUUAGCGACGUAAUCAAAAAUAAUUGUAGAAUUAUGUUUAGCUUCUUCUGGAGGUAUGACUGCAUCAUUAUCACUAUAGGGAUAGUACCCCAUACCAUCAAUACAUUUUAGUAUGUAUUCAAGUCGUACAUAUUUAGGCUGUUGUAAGGAUUUCGAGUAAAUGUAUAUGUUUUCAAAUCGUAAACCAUUCGGAUGCUCGAGCAAGCUCAUGAGCACACACAUUUUCCCACACCCUGAUGGCCCUGCAAUGAUACAUCUUACAGUAUUAGGUAGUAAGCUUCCGUGGUCAACUUCUGAUAUUUUCACAGGUAAAGUUAAAUCAGGUUUUAUAAUUUUCAUACCACAACCUAAACUAUUAGUUAUUACGUGAUCGGUGUUUGAAAUAUAUUCAUUUAUGUUUGAAAUAAGCUGAGUUUUGUCUGAAAUAUGCAUAUCUAUGUUUGAAAUAGGCUGAGUUUUGUUUGAAAUAUGUUCAUUUAUGUUUGAAAUAUUUUCCCUAUCCAUACUACAAGUAAUACUAUGUUUUCGCAAGUUACUAACUCUCUUGAAUUCUCGAGGACAUUUAAGACAGCGAAAAAAGCGGUAGGAAUAAGUCUUUAAACAUUUGUUUUCUUCAUGCUGAGAAGCAUUAUGUUUUAAACUGAAACCUUUACCACAGUAUUUACACAAGUAAAACAUUCUGACACAGUCGAUGUAACUACUUCAAAGUUCAGUUUACAACUGAGGUACUUAGCUAUAUAAGGAGCUGUAUUUAUAUGUUUCCCUCAGUAAGCUUCAAUGACUUAUGAGAGUAAGUCUAAGCUCGGUGGGAGAUUAGUAAAUAGUUUGAUAAAUAAAUUACCAUUCGAAUUACACAUUCCAGGUUAUAACUACUGUGGUCCGGGCACGAAAUUAGCUAAGAGACUUAGGCGGGGAGAUAAAGGUAUAAACAAACUUGAUAAUUUUUGUAAAAACCACGACGUAGCUUAUAGCAAAAGCACAGAUCUGAAAGACUGACACGAGGCCGACAAAAUCCUAUCGCAGGCAGCAGAGAAUUUGUACAAGGCGGGGGGUACUAAACUAGGUGAAAAGCUAGCUUCAUUUGCCGUUUCAAAAAUCAUGAAUUCAAAAGUGAAAUUAGGUAUGGGGCUUAAGAAAAAACGUAAAGUCAAGAAAACUAUUAAGAAACGAGUCAAGAAGGGUGGAUUCUUACCACUUCUACCUGCUAUUGCCGCACUAGCAGGAUUGGUCGGUGCGGGCAGCGGUGUAGUUAGAGCAAUUAACUCGGCAAAGACCAAUAAAAAAAAACUUGGAAGAAGCCAGACGGCACAACGAGAAGAUGGAGGCACUAGCAAGUUCAAAAAACGGAAAGGGAAUGUUUCUUCGUCCAUAUGCAAAAGGAGGUGGAAAAAUAAAGAAAAAACAUCGGAAAAACAAGAAGUUAUAAACCAAUACCAACUCUAGCAUUAUCAAACACAGAAUUAAUAAAAUAUGCUCAUAAACUAAAAAUAAAGAACUUUAGAGGAGUUUUUAUGAGAGAUGGAAUGCCAGAAAAACCUAAAGUUAACGAAUCUUCAAUUGUUAAUUUAGAUAGUAACAGUAACAGUGGUACUCACUGGACAGCAUAUGUGAAACGCGGUAAAACAGCUAUUUACUUUGAUAGUUUCGGAGAUUUAAAGCCUCCAAGAGAAAUCGUAAUUUAUUUAAACGGUGCAAAAAUAUCAUACAAUUACAAUAGAGAACAAAACUUUAACUCUGAAAAUUGUAGAAAACUAUGUUUAAUAUUUCUAGCGAAAUAUUCGUGAAAACAUUUCUAGUACCAGUCGCAGACAGACACCAGUAUACCACCACUAAACCUGCCGUGAAACGCCCGCGCGAGUAAUGACAUCUGUUCGAACACACAUUCCUCAGUACCGACGUAACAUUUCAGGAAACAGUUUGACUAAUGACGCGCUCCCGCACGAAAUACGCACCCGUUCCCCGACGAGCUGUGACACGCCAGGAGGUUUGGAACAUUUAACGAUCUCACUAACGACUUUCUGCAACCGCAGUUUGCUUGCAAAUACUUUCUUUCCUAGCGAUCUGUGAUACUUUGAAAACUUUACAGGUAAAACCUUUACGUAAAAAAAGUAUAUAAACAGAUGCAUGUAAAUUUAUUAGCCAGUUUGUUGUAAACAUGAGUAUUACAACAAUAUUGUCAGGUGCUAGCAGCGAAUUAACUUCUAUUUUUUUUCCCUCCAAUACAAUUGCAGGGAAACUGGUCAGUUGCGCUGACGGAUUUACAAACUUUUAAUUCUAUAGCUAAUGUUGAUGAAGGGAAUAAUGUUUUCAGAUACAAACACCUUAGCGAAGAUUAUUUCAAAGAGGUAAAAAUACCUGUUGGAUGUUACGAAAUUAGCGAUAUUGAAGAUUACUUAAAGAAUAUUUUACAACCGGAUGAAACAAUAAUUCUUACGGGGAAUAUAAAUACCAUGAAAAGAAUUUUAGUUAGCAGUUGCGAUAUAGAUUUUAAAGGUGACAGUAGCAUAGGAUCACUAUUCGGUUUCGAGCCUAGAGUAUAUGAAGCAGGGAAAGUUCAUGAGUCUGUUAAGUCGAUAAAUAUUUUACUGAUAAAUGUAGUUCGUGUAAAUUGUAAUUUAGUAGGAUCUUCAUUUUUAAAUGGUAAACCAUCUACAAUAAUACAUGAGUUUGGAAUAAAUGUUCCUCCAGGCUUUCGUUUGAUUGAAAUACCAAAACCCGUAAUCUGCAUUCCUGUAAUAGUAAAAUUAGUUAGUGAAAUAACAGUUCAACUUGUAGAUCAACACGGAAAGGUAGUUAAUUUUAGAGGAGAAGAAAUUACUUUGAGACUGCACUUGAAGAAAGAUGGGAAUUAAUUUUAACAGAAUGUAUAAAAGCAGGCGCAUAACUAAAAAAAAAGUUAGUUUGCGAAAGAAGGUCAACAACUACUAAUCAGGCUUUUCUACACAUUCUAGGAUAUAAAGUAAGAAAGUAUGGAGUCGGAAAUCUUCAAUCUUAAUGAGGGAGUUAGCUUUGAUGAUUCAAUCACAAAGUCGGAAGUACAUAGCUACUCUCCUUAUAUUUCAGGUCCGUACUUACAAUCUUCCGAAGUUAUUAUAACUAUUCAGAACGAAGAUGUGUAUACUCUUCCGAGCCAGUCUUUCAUACGAAUAAGAGGCGUGCUUUUAAAGAAUAAUGGUCAACACCCAACAACUACGUGGAUUAUUCGAAAUGGUGUUUUGCACUUAUUUUCUAGAAUAUCUUAUAACUUAAAUGGAAUCGAAUUGGACUCUGUUAGAGAUCCAGGAAUUACAUGUACAAUAAAAAAUUAUUUAAAUCUUACGAGAAACGAAUUACCUGUAGCAAAGAUGGCGGGGUGGGGUAACGAAGAAAAUUUUAAAGUAUCUGUAUAUGAAGGUGGGAAAUUUGAAAUUUGCGUACCGCUAGCUACGAUCCUAGGAUUCGCAGACGACUACAAACAUAUAAUAAUCAACUCAAAACAAGAACUAGUAUUUUCUCUUGCAAACACAUGGAAUAAUAGCGUACUAGCAUCUGAAGAAAAUCCUGAAAAUAUGAUUUUAUCUUUAUUAACAAUCAAGUGGAUGGUACCGCACAUUGAGGUUAAAACACAAGAACGAUUAAGACUGCUUAAGUUUAUAGAAAAAGGUAAAGAUAUCGAACUUUCUUUUAGAUCAUGGACGUUGGAAAGCUAUCCUAGUUUACCUCGGUCACAUAGCAUAAAUUGGAACGUAAAAUUUACAUUGGGAUCGGAGAGGUUUCAAUUUAUUAUAUUAGGUUUUCAGAAAGAAAGACAAAACACGAUAACAGCCGAUAAGUCUAUUUUCGACCAAGUUAAUAUAAAAAAUGUUAAAGUAUUUCUCAAUUCUCAAGCUGUGCCGGUAAUUCACUCUUGUUUCGGUUUGCUAAACCUCACCAAGGUAAAUCACGACGGAAGACCCCGGGAUCUUAGGUUGAAUAGUAUUGCUUUGUUGUAUUCAAAAGUGAGAAAGAGGAAAUAUGCCGACUGGGAAAACUACCGAACAAAAGUUGUUAACCUGUUAAGAAUUUAUAUAAAUAAGAAAUUUAAUAAAAGGUUAGGUAAUUGCAACAUAAAAUACACACUGAUAUUGGGUCAGCCAUAACAAAACAUAUUUAUUUAAAUAAGAUAACAAAAGAGUAUUAGUUGAGUAUUCGUACAGUCAAAACAAAAAUGGGGCCCCCAAAAAAAAAUAAUUAUUACUUAGUUACAUCUUCAAAAUAAUUAUUACUUAGUUACAUCUUCAAAAUAAUUAACGUAAAUUUAAGAUACAGAAAGUAUUAAAAUAUUGCUCAUGAAUUAAAUGUUGAUUACGAUGCCAAAGGGGUAGUUUGAUGAAAUAGUCGAUGAAAUUGCAAGAAGAUACGCGUGGCCGAAACAGGUUAACUACCCAUGCUGCAUGCUUAGGAUUUAGUCGUCGAAAACUUUCCUGGGAUUUUUGUUGGCGGCUCCCAUCGCCGUAGAACCACGGGACAAGCCCUGGGGUGCCCAGAUGUUAUGGGCGAAGCUUAUGGAUCACGCCUCAGGCAUGGGGCAGCGAGAGGUCGCCAACACCCGGACCGCUAAACAAGUUUUUAACAACAAAAAAAUAAAACUAUCCCAUAAAUAAUUAUAAAACAAUGAUUCCCGGGGAAAAGGCGGUAAAACUCACCUUAUGCGGUAGUAAAUACACAACUUUCGACAUGGAUGUCGAUGGAUACUUGAUGAGCACAAAAAUUUUGAAGUCUACAUCAUGGCUGACAAAAACAGAAAGGAAAGUACUACCUUUUCCUUUUCAAUAGGAAGAUGACCAUAGAUAUGACAAUACGUAGAGAUGAGAAACUUAAAACGUUACACUUUCCUGCACUUAAGUGCAAUAACUCAAUAAUUAAUCUUAACCACAAUAUUAAUAUAAAGAAAAGUAAAAAUUAAUUUAUGAUGUUUAAAGUCUUUUGAAGUCCAUAUGUUUUUCUUUUAAAUCCACAAAGCUUAACAAAGACAUAAAUAUAUUUUAACAAAAAAAAGAUUUUUAUACAAAAACAAUUAUUUCUUAUAAAUUGAUACUUAAGAUAAUAAUAAUUUCAUUAUACUUCAAAUAAUCAAAAGUUAAAAACAAUUAGGUAUAGCAAAGCGAUUUAAAUAAAAAAGGUAGCCUCCCAGUUUGCAUUUAAUUAAACAACAUAUAUAAGCAAUAAUGGGCGCAUGCCCACACAACAAGUGCACAACGGCACACACUCCCCCCUCAAAGCACACCACUCUCUUAAAAAAAAUUUAUUUUUAUAUGGCAAUCUAUAAAACUUAAAUACACGAGAAUGCAAAACAUCAAUAUACGAGAGAUAUCAAUAGAUCAAAAUAUUAUUUAAUAAAUAUGUGUGUAGAUGAACAGAACAGGACAGAAUGGUGGUACGACUAGGUUGUUAAUAACCUGAAUAAUAGACAUAUUAAGAAAUGGAUUAGCAAUGUUUGAAAACAUUAAGUAGCUAAUGUUACAAUUAACCUUUGGGAGUUGUAUGGUAGGUAAAGAUAAGUUUGACUUACCGAACCAAACAUCUUAAAGAAAGAACCAAUGAAAUCACAAUGAAUGACGAACAAGUGGUAAUGACUGAGUUAGUGGUGGAAACGAAUAACCACGAAUAUGUUUUUGUCAACCAGAUUAUGGUAGACCUUGAUUUUGUUUUGCAAAAAGUAUGAGUAAAAGUACUGUUCCUAUUGGAGAAUCACAGGAUCAAUAUUCUGCUAGUCUCAAGAAAACAGAGAUGAAACAACAGACAAUGCACCAUGAGGAAUAUACACAUCUACAUCAGAAUGGGUACUACGCACCCCUUCACAUUAAAAAUACUUAAAUACUCACACAAGUGAGCUAAACAAAAAAUCUCUGUCUCGGAAUCAACUUAAAUUAGCUAAACGUAGGAUGAUCACAUACCUACGAGAGACAAAUCUCAAAGCUAAAGAAAAACGAAGACGAAGAUCAAAAUACGAAAAGGACGAAGAAAAUGAAUGUGUAAUCGAAGAAACAAGCAGGACAGAAGGGUGGUACAAAUACUCAGGACCGCCAGUACAUACUACAACAAAAGAGGACCAUACCUCAUAUAAAAUGCCCGUCAGCUUAUUCAGAAUAGUGGGGACUCCUUACCCCUACUUAUUCAGCUUAAUGGGGGGGCUUCUACCUCCUCCAUAUUAACAAAAUUGGGGAUUCUCUACCCCUGCAUAAAUCCUGGUCACUAAAAUCCUGAUCUUAAGAUACCGCUCAAACAACACAUCAUGAUAAAAUUUAAAAAAAAUUCAAAUAGAAGAAUACCUCACCAAAGUUUAACAAAACUUACAUUGACAAUACUGAUCAAAUACGAAAGAAAUAUGAGCCACAAAAAAAGAAAACAAAAAAUCAAAAAUGCUUAUUCAACGACAACACAAAAUUGAAAGAAAAAUAAGAAAACGGUCGUCCAAAGGUGAAUGACUAAGUCCCAUACCUUAGACACUCAAGAAAUAAUUUAGCACCUGCAAAAGCAAGCUUGACCACUAACACAAAAUUUAACAUCACUAAGUUAAGAUUCAGCAAAAGGGAAGUGAAUAAAACUAACUGCCUGCAAUUAAUCGAAGAAAAUGUUAUGAAAAUAAAUCAAAGUAGAAACCAUACCUUACAAUGAAGAAUGUGCCACUAUACGACAGUCUCACCAAGCAGAACUCCACUACACGAAAUUCACCAGAGAUGGCUGAAACGGUGAGUCGCAGCAACACCGAGCCGAAGCCGCAACCACCCUAGCAAACUCCAUGCAGCAGACACCCCACCGGAGAGAUGUCAUACAGGAACAACUCUAGUACACAAAUCAAAAACAAGAACAGUAUCUAAGUUUAAAACAAAACAAACCUGCAAGAAAUUGAAGACUGAUUAGGUGGAUAAAACUACACUGUGUAAUGUGUGGAAAACAUGUGCAAUAGCUGUGUCGUGUGGAAAGCUGUGUAAAACACAUUACACACCACAUACCCACAUGAACUAACACACACAUAACCUACAAGACAGAAAUUUCAAAAAGUAUAUGUUUUGGAUGACAAGACAAAAAAACAAAACCCAAAUACUAAAAUGUUAUUUUAAAAGAUGACACUAGCAAGACAAACAAAAUAGAAAAGCAAUAAAUCAAGGUUAGCACUCAAAAAAAUUACUUAUUAUUUAAAACAAAUAAAAUCACAAAACAUUAUUAAUCUAAAAUGAAACUAUUAUUAAAAUGAGUGAAUAGAUCUUCCAUGGCAGAUAUAUGGUUUGAUAAAAAAAAAAAAAGACUGAGGCCUGCAAAAAUGAAAAGUGCUGGUGAAGCCUAAACACUUCUCAACAGGACUUGGCACUGGCUCAUGGCUCUGGCUCAGAGGACCUGCCUAAAAUAAAAAGUUUGCUCACUGGCUAAACUUGACCAAAGUCAACAACACAAUUUAAAACACAACCCAAAUAUCGUCUGGAAGUCACUUACUCCCACAGUACAAAAUUGCAUACAUACAAUGCAUUAAAAACUAUAAAACCUUUAUAAUAGUGCUUAAAGAAAAGAUUCAAAAGAGAAACGACAAAAUUCUAACAAGAAAACCACUGACCUUUUACUGCAUCUCACUGAAACAAAAUAAUUAAAACAAAACAAAGCAAAAUAACGACAUUUAAAUGAAGAGAAACAUUAAUAGGCUCAAGAAAAAAAAUUUAAAUGAUGAUCCAACACAACUUAAAAAUGUUACUCAAAUACUUGAUUCAAAGAUAAGUUUACUGGAAAUUAAAUACUUAUAAGACAAUACCAUAAUAUUAAUAAAAUUUAGGUUACCAUAACCUCAAUAAUUAAAUCGUGCAAUGAAAAGCACUAGAACACACAUUAAAUGAACUUAUUAGGAAAACGGCAAAAUGUCUCUGAAAAUAAAUUAGAUAAAAUACAUACCCAAGAUGACCUACAACACAACAUGUGCAAAAAAAAUAUUAAAAUGAUUAAAACCACCUGCUAAAAAAAAAGAACUUAUCAAACGAUGGCAACAAGACAAGAAAAUAUACCUAUCAUUGUUAGGUUAUGAAAAACGUGCCCCAAAUGGUGAUAACACGAAAAGUAAACAAACAUCAUAUCAAUUAAAUAUUACUGAAGAAACCACAGACUUUUCAACAUAUGGCAAUCUGCAAAAAAAAAUCAGAAACAUUGAAAUAUUAUGAAAACGAGAAAUAAUGUUUAAAGAGUUCUCUCACGAACAAAACCUGCAAUCUUAUAAAAUUGAAAUUUCAUAUAGAAUUAUAUUACUAAAACAUAUGCAAAUAGUGAAAUUAAAAAUUAAAACCACUAAGACAAUUUCAUAGGUGAAAAGUAAUAAAAUUUUAAAACUCUAAAACAACCUGCGACAAAUUAACGACAACAAUUACCAAACAUAACCUCAAUCUUACAUAAUUAAACAAAAAAAAUCAGUGUUGAAAUUAAUCUAGUUGUUACACCAAACCUUAAAUUACGUGUAAUGAAAGACACGAAAAACUCAUAAAACAAAACAUGAAGAUGAUAACAAAAUAACUUGUACGAAAAUACAUACCCCAAAUACCAACUAAUAACCACAUGAUUACUUGAACAUAAAAAUUCAAACUAAGAAAACCCUAAACCAAACUUGUUCCCCAGAAAUAAUAUUAAAAAAAUAAUGUUGCAACAACUUAAAAACUAGUACCAUGGUUUUUUAUUUACUUAUGACUCGAGUACAAAAGUUACGAGGGUCUCAAAGACUAGGACACGUGGGUGAUCAGUCCACGAUCAACUGAGUCAAGGACCCAAAUAACAAAACAAUGCCAACAGUAGGACACAAAGUUAGGCUGCAGCUCUUAUACAAUGCACACUUAAACUGAAGGCUACAAAUUAUACUUAAAAGGAAUACUUAAUAACCUACCCAAAAUAACCUGUAAACUACAUGAUAAAGGCAACACAACUGGUGUAAACAACAGGACUGACAACCACACUGAUUCAAAUAUAGCCAGAAACUGUAAAUAGAUAAUUUGCUUAUAUUAAGAAAGAUGCAUACUUUAAAACAAAGUUUAGAUCUCUUGCAGAUUAUAUGUCACUGAAGACAAAACACCUUAGAAACUGAAAAUUAAAACCUCAAGAUUAAAACCGAGAGCAAAAUAAGAAAUCAAAGAAAUCUCUUAGACAAUACUAACUUCAUAAUGUACCUUAUAAGGAAAACACUUUAAAGUAAAAAAAAUAGAUUGCCAUAAAAAAGAUUAUCAAACAAUAAUUACCAUUAAAUUAAAUAGUUAAAAUAGUACUUCAAGAUGAUAGAUUAGAAAUUAUUUAAAAGUUAAAACUAUAAAAACUUAAAAUUCAUUAAUUUACUCAAAAAAAAUUACGAUUAAUCUAUAACAAGAAAAAUACACAACAAAACAAAACACCAAAACAACCACCAGCUCUGCUACCAUCUUUCUGCCGGUAAUUCACUCUUGUUUCGGUUUGCUAAACCUCACCAAGGUAAAUCACGACGGAAGACCCCGGGAUCUUAGGUUGAAUAGUAUUGCUUUGUUGUAUUCAAAAGUGAGAAAGAGGAAAUAUGCCGACUGGGAAAACUACCGAACAAAAGUUGAUAACCUGUUAAGAAUUUAUAUAAAUAAGAAAUUAAAUAAAAGGUUAGGUAAUUGCAACAUAAAAUACACACUGAUAUUGGGUCAGCCAUAACAAAACAUAUUUAUUUAAAUAAGAUAACAAAAGAGUAUUAGUUGAGUAUUCGUACAGUCAAAACAAAAAUGGGGCCCCCAAAAAAAAAUUAUUACUUAGUUACAUCUUCAAAAUAAUUAUUACUUAGUUACAUUUUCAAAAUAAUUAACGUAAAUUUAAGAUACAGAAAGUAUUAAAAUAUUGCUCAUGAAUUAAAUGUUGAUUACGAUGCCAAAGGGGUAGUUUGAUGAAAUAGUCGAUGAAAUUGCAAGAAGAUACGCGUGGCCGAAACAGGUUAACUACCCAUGCUGCAUGCUUAGGAUUUAGUCGUCGAAAACUUUCCUGGGAUUUUUGUUGGCGGCUCCCAUCGCCGUAGAACCACGGGACAAGCCCUGGGGUGCCCAGAUGUUAUGGGCGAAGCUUAUGGAUCACGCCUCAGGCAUGGGGCAGCGAGAGGUCGCCAACACCCGGACCGCUAAACAAGUUUUUAACAACAAAAAAAUAAAACUAUCCCAUAAAUAAUUAUAAAACAAUGAUUCCCGGGGAAAAGGCGGUAAAACUCACCUUAUGCGGUAGUAAAUACAUAACUUUCGAGAUGGAUGUCGAUGGAUACUUGAUGAGCACAAAAAUUUUGAAGUCUACAUCAUGGCUGACAAAAACAGAAAGGAAAGUACUACCUUUUCCUUUUCAAUAGGAAGAUGACCAUAGAUAUGACACUACGUAGAGAUGAGAAACUUAAAAUGUUACACUUUCCUGCACUUACGUGCAAUAACUCAAUAAUUAAUCUUAACCACAAUAUUAAUAUAAAGAAAAGUAAAAAUUAAUUUAUGAUGUUUAAAGUCUUUUGAAGUCCAUAUGUUUUUCUUUUAAAUCCACAAAGCUUAACAAAGACAUAAAUAUAUUUUAACAAAAAAAAGAUUUUUAUACAAAAACAAUUAUUUCUUACAAAUUGAUACUUAAGAUAAUAAUAAUUUCAUUAUACUUCAAAUAAUCAAAAGUUAAAAACAAUUAGGUAUAGCAAAGCGAUUUAAAUAAAAAAGGUAGCCUCCCAGUUUGCAUUUAAUUAAACAACAUAUAUAAGCAAUAAUGGGCGCAUGCCCACACAACAAGUGCACAAUGGCACAAGGCAUAUCUGUACUUGGAUUUAAAUGCUAAUUUUAAUAGUGGUUUGUUCCUAAUGGCGUAACAAAUGUAUUCGAGAUUCCAACAAGCCUAUUUUGGUCGGCAAGCUCUGCUACACUCGACGCGGAAAAAUAUAAGGCCAUGGCACCUCUUCUGGUUUUUGAUGUUUCGGCACAAGACGAUCGCAUUAACUCAAAUAUAAUCGACUGUAGGAUUGAAAUUACAGCCUCUGAAAAUAUGCCAAAAGACACAAAAGCGUACGCUCAAGCGUACGCUCUCAUAAUCCAUGACCACUUAGCAACUUACAAUUCUAGGGACAAAAUGGUUAAGAUAUUAAUGUAAUCAUGUCAGUCGUGUCUUAGCCUUCGAGCUAACAUGUACUGUAACAUUCAAGCCUUCCGGUCCCAGUUUGAUACUGUAGUGAAAGAACUUAGUGUAACUUACAACGACGGAAAAUCAAUUGCUUAUGUAUUCAAACCUCCAUUUGCAUGGAACGACUUGGACAAAAAAUCAAAGUCUACAAAUAAAUGGUUAACGAAAAAUUUACAUGGUCUCAGGUGGGGUGAUGGUAAUAUUUCACAUAAAGAAAUUGAAAAGUUUGUUAAUUAGAUAUUAUUUGGUGAUGUGUAUGUGUCGGGAAUCGAACAAAAACGUCUGUUAAAAAAGUAUUGUAAACCGGAAAUUAAUGUAAUAGAUAUUCAGAAGGAGUAUGACUGUCCUUCGCUUGCGCAACUUCGAAAAGAAUACUAUGGUCCAGUCGAAACAAGCUCGCAGAUGAAUACAUGGCUUAUGUGGAAAUGGGAGCAAAAAAAAUGUCCCCGAAGCUAUAUAAGGAGUGAAUUCAGAGCAGAUGAGUCAGUAUCAGAAUGACGUGUAACGUGCAAGGAUUAAACUCACAAAAAGGGUUCGUUGUUAAAGAACUUGCAUUUACUGGUAAAGACAAAGUAACAAUAGUAAAAACAUUCAAGCCACCAUACGACUGGAAUUACCUACAUCAGCGAUGUAAGAAAACCAACAUUCGACUAGCCUGCACUCAACAUGGGCUUCAAUGGCAUCACGGCGAACUUCCAUUCCACAAGAUCGGUAGUACCAUUAAAGAGCUACUGACUGGAACAAUAUACGUCGCCGACUAUCAGCAGAAGUUGUGGUUGCAGAAAAUUUGCAGAGGUACUGUAAAUAGUGUUAAUAUUAUCGACCUACAAAGCGAGUUUUGCUGCCCGCCACUUGCAUACCUUGUUGUGAAGUAUGCAGAUAAAUUACAUGAAUGCCAGCGACGUAAAAGGAGGUUGCAGUGUGCAGAGUGUAACUCAAAAGCUUUGGACGAAUGGUUGGCCGAUAAGCCGAGCUGGGCUGUCUCCAGUGAUGAGGAUGACGACACCAGUUCCUGCAGUUCCAUGGAUGUGUCGGGCUAAUCUGAUGCAAAAAUGAGUCAUGAAAAAACAAUGUGUGCUAUUUUAGCCUUUGGAAAGUGUGGUGUGCUCACUGAACUUGAUAAGACAGAAGAACUACCCUACUUACCUAAAGAAUUUUUGCUGGUGUAUGCAGUCAAUCAAAUAAAGUGGGUAUUCAAAUACUUACCUGCCAACCUGAAAAAUGAUCAGGACAUAGUGGAUUGUCUGCCGUGCACCGAGUGUUACGCGAAUUUCGGACAAAAUGAAGACAUGCCUUCAACACCACACAGUCGUAGCUGGUGCAAGAAACUUCACGAACAUGAUUAAAUAAUGUGUGUUAACGAAUAAUGUCUCAGUCUGUAAAAUGUUACGCUACAGCGAGGACGCAAAAUAUGUUACUUUAUUAAAGGGAUAUAAAACUGUUACUUAUAGUUCGGACAGAUAUGUUUUGUUCUCUGAACAGUGUAAUGAUGACUGUCAUGUUGGUUAUUUACAUGGAGAGAAAUUGGUAAUAAAAAUAUUCGAAACUAAAAUGUGUGAUUCUUCAAAAUGCCCUGUUUUUAAUAUUAAUUCUUUAAGUAAUGUACAUAAUACAGAAACAAGUUCUACAGAAAUUAAUUGUGAUUGUAACUGUCAUCACCACUAUCAUGGUUUCUGUGAAUGCAUUCGCCGACUGUUUGCAUAUAUUUUUAAACGCUGAGUCAUACAGACAGGUUUUAACCGGUUAUAUGUUAAAACUGAUCAGUAGUAUAUUUAAAAAAACUGAUCAGUACGAGUUUGGAAGCCUCAGCAUGCAGACGUUUCAUCCUGCUAAUCCGUACGUCAGUGUGAAACAAGCUUUAUCCCAGGUAAGCUAUUCUUACUGGAAUGGCGGUGAUUUAAAAAGCUAUACGGAAACAUGUGACGGACUAUUUCAUACUAUAGUUUCCGAUGACUUGAAUUCAUACGAACAUUGUCAAAAUAUUGUUAGCUGUCAAAUUUACGGACAGUGCCCUGUGUUUUACAUGAGGGAAAAAACUGUACUACCGAGUUCUAUCGAUCAAGUAAUUGAGUUCGCCAAGAAUCACGAAAGACUACCUCUUCAUUCGCCUGAAUGUGCUUCUAUACAAUUCUACAAUCCUGCAACAAACUGUAUUACUACGAGUGAAAUUGGUAUUCAAACCACGAAAGAACAAAUUUCCAACGUGCGAAAAGUGUACCAGAAAGAAAAAAAUCCUCGCAAGCCUGCUAAAAACAAUUUGAAAACUACAAGUACUUUCUUCGAACCAGCGAUCUUGCAUACUGUGGAUGUUCAACGGAUUGUACGUAAUGAAAUGCAAAAGAUUUUAAAAAGUAUGUCGGAGAUAAUAAAUGUAGAAUAAAUUUUUAAUGUUUUAGUUUUGUAAUGUGUUCUUACUUUUAAUAAAUGUAUUAAACAUACCCGAUUUAUUUUUUAUUUAUUUCCUUACAUAUCUAUAAUGAGUAUUUAGCUGUAUGUUCCUCGAACGCAGCUUGACUCCACGAAGUCGCAGACCUUUUGUAACAAGUGCGUCAUGACUGCAGCUCGAGUGCUUGGACUGUUGACAAGCUGUUUAUGGCAGGCUUAGACAUUCCUGAGCACCUCAUGACGCCACAAAGUCGCGGACUAAUGGACCUGCUACGACAUUCACGGUUAAGUAUAUUGUUCGGCCCUCCUCAGCGUCACGAUGCAGGCAGUGCCUCGCGACCUAAUCUCUAAUCACCUAGAUCAUUAGUGGUUUUACCCGACUCGCGAGUGGUAGGGUAUGAGUCAUGCUGGGUUUUUCCGAAGACAAUGGUACUUCCAUGUACUACAUUCCUAUUGGUAGGUUCGGUAGAAAUACUUUGUUCCUAUUGGUUUUUCUAAAAAAAAGGAGUUCCGAGGCUAUAAAAGGACAGGAUUAGCUGUCGGAGCUUCAGUGUGUUUUUAGAGUUUGAGUGAGUUAGUUUGUGUGUGAGUUUCGCUGCUACCACGAUUCCUACCGCUAACGCCACAUCGCCUUCUACAGCUCCACUUCACCGUUUUCUGAGGUAUGCUACAUGUUUCGAUAUGUUUCUCAUCUUUUUUUGUAGCUAGCUAGUUUUUUCUCUGUACACUUAUGUGCGGGUAACCAGGAAUUGUUUAGCUUAAACUUUCAACAGUACUUUAAAUAUUCUAGCAAUUUUAGGUUGUGCAUUAGAGUAGUUUUGAACAUGUUUAGUUAACAUUGAAUACUUUUUCAGCUAUAACUUUUAUCAGUACUUUAAAUAUUCUACCAUUUUUAGGAUUGUACAUG